AUGGCUCACACAACAUUCCCCUCCAACAUCCCGAAACCAGUCGACGACGGAGCCUGCAAUCAUCUCCCCAACACCAACUUUCCCUCCAUCUCCUUACCCUCAACCUCCGGCUCAAGCGUGGACAUCUCAACCCUACCCGGUCUAAAAAUUCUCUUCUGCUACCCACGAACCGCAUCCCCCAACGAAGAGGUUCCAGAAUCCUGGAACCAAAUCCCAGGAGCCAGAGGCUGUACACCGCAAGCUUGCUCCUUUCGAGAUUUAUCCAAGGAGUUAUUGGAAGCGGGAGGAGGGCUGAGAAAGGGGUUGGAAUUGCCGACGAUGGAGUGGGAAGGAAAGACGCUGAUUAAGAGGUUGAGUAUGGUUGUGGAGGAUGGGCUUAUCUUGAAGGUGUUUUAUCCUGUCUUUCCGCCGGAUAGGAGUGCGGGUGAGGUUUUGGAAUGGUUGCAGACUUCAUAUCGAGGGAGGAAGACUUUGAGUACGGAGGCGGAGAAUGAGACGAUGAGGAAUUUGCAGAUGUGA